AUGUUGUCUGAGCUUUGUAAAUUAUCUUUUGAACAAAUUAAAGACAUAGCUUCAAAAACUAUAGGACAAAGUCAAAAUGUUAAAUGGUGUCUUUACAGAAAAUUUCGUUCAACAUCUAGUAAUUUUCAUAAAGUAAUUAAAUCAGUAAAAAACAAUCGAUACCCUAAUUCACUUUAUAAAGGUCUCCUAGGUAAAUAUUUUGUAGAAGGAGUAAAAUCUAUUGAAUGGGGAAAAACACACGAAAAUAUUGCAAUUGAGGAGUUUGAGAAGGCUAACAAUUGUAAUGUGACUAAAACUGGUAUUUGGUUACAUGAAUCUGGGUUUUUGGGAGCCAGUCCAGAUGGUUUGCUUUUUGAUGACAACUCCUCAUAUUGCAUUGAAGUCAAAUGUCUUUAUAGAUUCCGAAAUGAAGAUUUAAAAAUUAACCUUUCAAAUUCAAAUGAUUACAUUAUUAACUUCGAUACAAACAAAAAUGAUUUUGUUUUAAAUUCUAAUCAUCAGUAUUAUGACCAAAUUCAAGGUCAAAUGCAUAUGACAAAAAUGUCAUCUGCAAUUCUUAUUAUGUGGACUACAUAA